AAUGUCUGUAUCACAACCGUCGCUUUGGCCGAGUGGUUAAGGCGUGUGCCUGCUAAGUACAUGGGGUUUCCCCGCGAGAGUUCGAAUCUCUCAGGCGACGUGUUUUUUUUCCUUUCGUUGUUUUAAUAACUUUUUUGGUUAAGCCUCCAUUCUGUUGUCUGACAGUCUCUCACUUGCCAAAAGAACUGAUAAACCGACCGUAACGUCAACUAACGUGUGUUUCUUACACAAUUACUUUAAAUGCUUCAAUUACAGAGAGCAAUGGGAAUGAAGAUCAUUGCCUUAUGUGGAUCUAAAAUCAGGUUUGAGAUAAAGAUGCAUGACUCACAGAAGGUAAUUAUAGAUUUUCAUGAGAAAGCUAGUGUUAAUGCUGGAUCACAUUCAUGCACAAUCACAACUUGAUAUCAAUAAACCAAGUCAUGAAACAAAUUGUACAAAUUAGCGAAAGCUCAAACAGAGCUUCCAGAAACCACAUGGGGAAAACAAAAACAUAAGAAAAGAACUAAAGACUUACGGUUACGGCAUAGAUUCAAACACAAAUCUUCCCCAUUUUACUAACACAGAAUCUGUUUCCCAAUCCCAAACUCUGAAACAGCAAACUGUGCAAAUGACAGAAGAACUAUGCGGCAGUCUCAUAAAUAAGAAACAGAUCCUCCGCAAGCCCAUGCUGCAGUCAGCGAAUGCAACCGACUGUAGAACUCAGUGAAGUCAAGCCGGAAGAAGAGGAACUUGAGAUCUACAGUUUGUUGGAGAGGCAGAAGAGACAGGAACGCAUCUAGCGAGGUUGUGUAUUCCUUUGCAAUACCGUCCAUAUCUUGACUCAUGCUACGUGGGCUUAGUUAAGGCCCAAUAGUUUGUUGAGAAUAUAUACUAAGCUCACGGAGUAUAAACACCUUUCUUGGGAACCAAGAUACCUAAAAGUGUGCCGUCUCUCGAAGCCCUUGCCAAACCUAUCUUCUCAACUUGUCUACAAUGGAGAGAUCCGCGAUCAAAGGGAUGAGUCUGCUGACAUUGGACGAAAGUGAUCAUACUAAGAGAACCAGACCAAAAAAGCGCGACAUAGGGAGGAUUCGCGUAAGAGGAUAUAACACUGACCUGAGAGAUCACAGAUGUUUAUAUCCGCGAAAUGAAAGAUGGUCUACACAGUUUUGGUUUUAUUUAUUUUCUUGGAGAAGGCGCAGUGGACAAGGCCUCGCAACUUAGUGGAAUUGACGUGGGAGGAUGGACCGUCAUUGCUGAGCCUUAUCCGUUAAACGAACAUGCGGGCUGUCUCCCUGCUGUAAUUGUUCAAGGUUAUGACACUCUUCUUGAUAAAGCUGAUAUCGAGAAAAUGUUGUUUGAACAUUUCUCUUCAUGUGGAGAGGUCACUAGAAUCAAUGUUCACGAAAGCAUUGGUGCAGCUGUUGUAGACCUUUAUGGAGAAGAUGCUGAAGAAAAGGUGAUGUAUCUUGAUGGGAGCAACAUGGUUGGACGCAAAAUAAGUGUUAAGCUUUAUACUGUGCCGACUGUUUACAGUGUCCACCCUCGUCCUCGUCGUAACCGUACUUAUUAUCCAGGUUAACAAGGCUAGGAUGACUUCUAAAGAGUAGAAAAGCUCUCUCUGAUCUACUGUGAGAAGACAGACAAGCUCCACGUUGUUUGUAUCUUUGUGAAAUAAAUGCAACCUUUUUACUCUAUUCCCUUUUAUAUGCUUUUUUGUGUUCUGGAUUUUAAAAUAUACUCUAAUGCUUUCAUUGUAACUCUUUUAAGUAGUGUGUUUUAUGCUUCGACCUUUACAGUAGAAGCUCCAUAAUCAU